CAUCACUCUGACAGAUACUCGAUGAGAUGGCAUCCCUCGCCUUCCCCUCCUUCCCGCUCCCUUCCACCGACUGUCAUCCACCUGCAUACUUCGACAGUUCAUGCUUCGCCUCUCGGGGAUCUCGAAGCCCCUAACGUCCGGCACAACAACCUCCGCAGUAAGAUACUUUUACACAACAAAUCGCCUUGGCCAAGUUAUGGCGCACCUAAAUGGUCCUCGUCCCCAGGGCGAACAUACACUACAGUCGCUGCCUAAGUCGAACGUAUUCACACAGAACUUACCUCCAGACGCCGCCUUUCCAACACCGAAAAGUUCGCACGAUGCGCCCCGUCAGACCCUUGGACCGCGUAUGGUUAAGGAAGCGCUCUUCACCUAUGUGAGGCCGGAUUCUCAGGGUGAUGCCGAGAUCCUGGGUGUUAGCCAACGUGCGCUGCAAGACCUUGGUCUGAAGGAGGAGGAAGCACAAACAGAGGAGUUUGAACAGAUGGUUUCCGGUAGCAAAAUCCUCACAUGGGACCCUGAGAAGCCAGAUGAGGGUAUCUACCCUUGGGCGCAAUGCUACGGCGGCUAUCAAUUUGGACAAUGGGCGGGCCAGUUAGGUGAUGGACGUGCCAUCUCGUUAUUCGAGUCUACAAAUCCGUCGACAGGCGUUCGCUACGAGGUUCAGCUCAAAGGUGCUGGUCGUACACCAUAUUCACGCUUUGCAGAUGGGAGGGCUGUUUUGCGUUCAUCCAUACGCGAGUUCGUCGUGUCGGAAUACCUCAAUGCGAUUGGCAUUCCAUCAACAAGAGCACUGGCGCUUACAUUGAACAAUGGCACGAAGAUCAUGCGAGAGAGAAUCGAACCAGGAGCUAUUGUCACUCGAUUCGCGCAGAGCUGGAUUCGAUUCGGUACUUUUGACCUCCAGCGCAUGCGCGGCGACCGCGAGACACUUCGUACUUUGACCGACUACACUGCCGAGCACGUCUAUGGAGGGUGGGAUAAGUUACCUUCAAAGCUGCCAGCUGGCGAGGCAAAGAUCACACAUACUCAAGUCAAGACUGGCGUCGCGAAAGAUGCAAUUGAGGGAUCCGAUCUGGAACAGGAGAACCGCUAUACACGUCUUUACCGCGCCGUCAUUCGCAACAACGCUGCCACAGUCGCGAAGUGGCAAGCGUACGGAUUCAUGAAUGGUGUACUUAACACAGACAACACUUCGAUUCUUGGCCUGAGUAUCGACUUCGGGCCUUUCGCCUUCCUAGAUACCUUUGACCCUGCCUACACGCCCAACCACGACGACCAUAUGCUACGCUACAGCUAUCGUAACCAACCCACCAUUAUUUGGUGGAACCUUGUCCGUCUAGGAGAGGCAUUCGGUGAGCUGAUGGGCGCCGGCUCGAAUGUUGAUAGUGCCGAAUUCGUCGAGAAGGGUGUAAGCGAGGAAAACGCGCCCGACCUCGUCAAACGUGCAGAGGGCAUCAUCGAGCGUGCUGGGGAGGAGUACAAGGCUGUCUUCUUGUCUGAGUAUAAGCGGCUCAUGACCGCACGCCUCGGACUCAAAACCCAGCAGGACAGCGACUUUGAAACAUUGUUCUCGGAAUUACUCGACUUUCUUGAGGCGUAUGAGCUCGACUUCCACCACGCGUUUCGCAGACUAUCAAGCUUGAGCUUAUCAAAACUCGAUUCCGACCAAGGUAGACAGAGCUCUGCAGAUAUGUUCUUCCGUAACGACAACUUGCCAAAGGAAGGUGCCGAUUCGCGGGUUCGAAUUGCUAAGUGGCUUGAGAAGUGGUCGGGUCGUGUCAAGGAGGACUGGGGCGACGAUGACAAGGGGCGACAGGAGGCCAUGAAGGCCGUAAAUCCCAGCUUUGUUCCCCGAUCGUGGAUCCUCGACGAGUUGAUCAAUCGUGUCGAGAAGAAGGGUGAGCGAGAGAUCAUACCACAGAUCAUGAAGUUGACCCUUAGUCCUUUCUCUGAAGACUGGGGUUGGAGUGCCGAAGAAGAGCAGAGAUUCAUUGGCGAUGUACCCAAGUACAAGGGUAUGAUGCAGUGUAGCUGCAGUUCGUAAGAUUCAUUUUCCACUCGCUCGCUCAGCUCCCGCAUAAGCAUUACACAACGCGAAACGCAACAAUCACCGUUCAGCCUUA